AUGGUACUUGAGCUUGUUCUUGUGCGAUUCAAGAAAGUUAUUUCUUUCUCUGAAGUGUUCUCUGUGAGUUCGAAGGCAGAUUCAUGCUCCUGCUCCCCUGUGUCUGGAUGGAUUGAGCGAAGAGCUCUCUUGUGCGAUCAAGCCAUGAAAGCUAGAAGAAGCUCCACCUUUUGGUGGUCCAUACUGAUCAUCAUUAUGCUCCUCAUUCAGAGGAGCACACAAGAAGAGGAAGAUGUGAAGGUUGCACUCAUAACCUUUCUCACCAACCUAUCAGGACCCAACUCCACCCCACCCCUCAACUGGUCUGCCUCCUCCGACCCCUGCGCCGGCGGUUGGCAAGGCAUCACUUGCUACCCUGGUACACUUACUAUCAAGAGUGUUCUCCUCGAAGGCAUGAAUUUAUCUGGAAAACUUGAUGCCGCUUCACUCUGUAAGGCACAGUCCCUCAAAGUCCUAAGUGUACAAAAUAAUAGCAUUAGUAGUGCAAUUCCUGCAGAAAUCUCUAAUUGCACCAAGAUGACACACUUAUACCUUAACCAGAAUUUAUUUUCUGGGGCCCUUCCGGCCUCCCUAGCCGAAAUGAAUAACAUGAAGAAGCUGUAUUUAUCUAACAAUGACCUCACUGGAAACCUACCGGAUUUUUCUAAGAUUUCAGGAUUAGCUUCAUUCCUGGCAGAAAACAACCAGCUAACUGGAGAGUUGCCCGAAUUCCAUUUCUCAAAUUUUGGGGAAUUUAAUGUUUCAAACAAUAAUUUUACCGGAGCGAUACCGGAAAGUGCUGAUGUCUUAGAUGCGAGUAGUUUUGCUGGAAACCCUAAUUUGUGUGGGAAGCCACUCCCGAAAGCCUGUGACAGCCCUUCUCCGAAAAAAAAGACAAAUAGCAAAUCCUCUUCUGAGGCCGAGAAGCUGGUGAUGUUCUCUGGCUACCUCAUUCUAGGAAUUUUUAUUGCCUUCUUUAUUGUUUUCUGGAUAUUGCGAGGCAGGAAGAAGACUGCCAAUGGUGAGAUUGAAGAUAUAGAAGGGAAGAAAGGGGCAAUAACGAGUGAAAGUAAAUCGAAAACCAGCAGUAAAACUCCUGCGAAUCGAUCUGAAUACUCGAUCUCCUCCCUGUCGAACGAGAAUGUGGCUACUCUUUCUUCUUCAUUGUUUGUGCUCGAGGCCCAAAAGUUGCAGACCUUGCGCUUUGAGGAUUUGCUCAGGGCUCCAGCUGAAUUGCUUGGCAAGGGUAGACAUGGGAGCCUUUAUAAGGUGACGAUGGGGGAUGGUUCCUAUUUGGCAGUGAAGAGGAUCAAGGAUUCUGCUCUCUCUUGUGAGGAGUUUAAGAGGAGGAUGGCAAGGAUAGAUAAAGUGAAGCAUCCCAAUGUUUUGAAUGCCUCAGCCUUUUAUUGCUCUAAGCAAGAGAAGCUUGUGGUUUAUGAGUUUCUACAGAAUGGUAGCCUCUUUGACAUCCUCCAUGGUAGACAGCAAGGAAGAAUUUUUGGAUGGACCCCUCGCCUCACCGUCGCGGCUAGCAUUGCUCAGGGUCUGGCAUACAUGCACGACAAGCUCUCCGAAGAGAGAGUUGCCCAUGGAAAUCUCAAAUCCUCCAACAUAUUAUUCAACCAGAACAUGGAUCCAUGCAUAACUGAAUAUGGUGUCAAUUUCAUAGAUACUGACAAUCAAGAAACAAGUGGACACAGUUCCGGCUAUAUUGCGCCAGAAUCUGGAAAAGGCCUCUCUAAAUUCACUCUCGAGGCAGAUGUGUACAGUUUUGGGGUCCUUCUUCUAGAGGUUCUUACGGGGAAGCUUGUGCAAAACAAUGGUUUUGAUUUGGCCAAGUGGGUUCACUCAGUGGUUAGUGAAGAAUGGACGGCAGAGGUUUUCGACAAGGCCUUAAUGGAUGAGGGUGCGAGUGAACAAAGAAUGGUGGCAUUGCUACAAGUUGCUGUGCAAUGUGUUAGUAUUUCACCGGACUGCAGGCCCCAAAUGGCUCAAGUUUCAGCCAUGAUCAACAACAUUAAGGAGGAUGAGGAUAAAUCUACAACAUCAGAAGGUGAUAGCCUGGAAUAG